AUAAAGGGAUAAUAACCUGAGAGCCACUCUGUGUGUGGGGCUAUAAAUGAAAGGAUGAUAAGAAUUAAGGCUUGGGGAAGAUGGUGAGGCUCUGUUUCUUCUCCGUAUUUCUUCUUAUAAACUUAGGAGCAGUAAUUGUAGGCGGUGAUGGAUUUAGCAGAGACGAGUUCCCACCACCACCAGGCUUUGUGUUUGGUUCUGGGACCUCAGCAUACCAGGUUGAAGGAGCUGCAGACAAAGACGGUAGGGCGCCUAGCAUAUGGGAUACCUUCGCCCAUUCUGGGAAAAUGCAUGGAGACAAUGGUGACAUAGCAUGUGAUGAGUAUCACAGAUACAAGGAAGAUGUCCAGCUCAUGGUGGAUACUGGCUUAGAGGCUUAUAGAUUUUCCAUCUCAUGGUCAAGACUUAUUCCAAAUGGAAGAGGACCUGUCAAUCUAAAGGGUCUACAAUAUUACAACAAUCUUAUCAAUGAACUAAUCAGCAAUGGAAUCCAACCGCAUGUCACAUUACACCACAGUGACCUUCCACAGGCACUGGAAGAUGAGUAUGGAGGAUGGCUUAAUCGAAAAAUUGUGAAAGACUUCACGGCAUAUGUAGACGUGUGUUUCAGGAAUUUUGGUGACAGGGUUUCACAUUGGACAACUGUGAACGAGGCCAAUGUGUUCGUGCUCGGGGGUUAUGAUGGGGGAUAUCUACCACCUCAGCAUUGUUCUUCCCCGUUCGGAGUUAACUGCACUAGAGGCAACUCCACAACUGAGCCAUACCUAGCAGCUCAUCAUAUCUUGUUGGCCCAUGCAUCAGCUGCUAUAUUGUACAAGGAAAAGUACCAGGACAAACAACAUGGAUUUAUAGGAAUCAAUCUCUUUGCUUAUUGGAUUGUUCCUCUAACAAACACAACUGAAGAUGCAAUUGCCAGUCAAAGAGCCAUGGACUUCAUGAUUGGUUGGUAUGUGGAUCCCUUGAUGUACGGAGACUAUCCUGAUGUAAUGAAAAGGAAUGCAGGAACAAGACUUCCAACCUUCACCAAUCUUGAAUCUAAUCAAGUUAAGGGUUCGUUUGACUUCCUAGGACUAAAUUACUAUGUAACAGUGCAUGUCAAGGACGACCCCAGCAAACUAGAGAUGGAGGUCAGAAACUUUGAUGCAGACAUGGCAGUAGAUUUGAGACUUGCAGAUAUUCAAAAGGAUACGUCUGGAUCUGAGUUUCCAAUUACGCCCUGGGGUUUGCAAGCACUGCUGGAGUACUUUAAACAAGUUUAUGGAAAUCCUCCUAUUUACAUUUAUGAGAAUGGACAACAAACACCAAGGAAUUCAUCAUUGGAAGACUGGCCAAGGGUGAAAUACUUGCAUGGAUAUAUUGGGGCUUUGCUUGAUGCAUUGAGGAAUGGAUCAAACACAAGGGGUUAUUUUCAAUGGUCUUUCUUGGAUGUAUUCGAGAUGUUGGACGGCUAUGAAUCGGGCUUUGGCCUUUACCAUGUAGAUUUCAAUGACCCGGAUUUAAAAAGACAACCAAAGCUCUCUGCUCAUUGGUACAAGCAUUUCUUGAAGAGCAAAGGUGUCAGCUCACAUGGGUUUAUACAACUUGAGAAGAAUUUAUCUGCGCUUUCUCAUACUCGGUAGAUGCUUCCCUGUACUUGAUAAAAUAUAAAAUAGAAAAUAAUAUAUAAUAGAGUGACAGAAUAGUGACAGAAGGACUCAAAGAUUUAAGGUGGUUCGGCUGUAGAGGUCUGCAUCCAUCGUAGGAAUUGGCCGAUAAGGUAACAUUUUUAAUGUAUUGACUUGAUAAUAUUGUAUAAGAAAUGAUACACAUACAUUUUUUAUACAUUUCUUACAGAUCUCUAUACAACUGAGUUUCAAAUUCACCAUUAAA